CCGUGGCGCAGUCUCGUGUCUCGUCGCUGCUCGUUCCCCCAAGAGGCCCACAAACAGAGCUCCCUCCCCACACCGGUCCCAUCCCGCCGGCGAAGCGCCAAACCCUCGCCGCCGCAGCACCACUUCCUCGGCGGCCGGACCGGCAGCGCAUCCCGCUAGGGUUUCGGCGGUUUGCACGACGGCAGCGAAGGCCAUGGCGGACCCACCUUCCCCCCGCCUAGACGAAGACGACACCUUCGGCCGCGACUUCAACGCCUCGCCCUCUCGCAACGCCGCCCCCGUCCGUUCCGGCGAGAAGAGGCAGUUCGGCGAUCUGGAUGACGACGAAGACGAUGUCUUCGCUUCGAAGAAGGGAAAGACAAAGGUGGAGGAAAGUGCACCAGGUGCUGCCACGGGAAUGAUUCUGUCUCUUCGUGAAAAUUUACAGACCUGCAAAGAGAAUCUUGAAUCAAACCAGGUGGAACUGGAAGCUGCUAAAUCAGAAAUCCAGAAGUGGCAUUCAGCAUUUGAGAACAUUCCUGCUGUACCUGCAGGAACCAAUCCAGAGCCUGUUUCGGUGGUUACUUAUCUUAAUAACCUGAAGUCGUCGGAGGAGUCACUGAAGGAGCAGCUGGAGAAAGCGAAGAAAAGAGAAGCUGCUUUUAUUGUAACAUUUGCAAAACGAGAACAAGAGAUUGCGGAAUUGAAGUCUGCAGUUAGGGACUUGAAAACACAAUUGAGGCCACCAUCAAUGCAGACGAGACGAUUAUUGCUUGAUCCAGCAAUCCACGAGGAAUUUACGCGCUUAAAGAAUCUGGCUGAAGAGAAAGAGAAAAAGAUAAAAGAGCUGCAGGAAAAUGUUGCUGCUGUCAAUUUUACUCCAUCCAGCAAGCAUGGGAAGAUGCUAAUGGCCAAGUGUAGGACAUUGCAAGAGGAAAAUGAAGAAAUUGGGGCAAUGGCUUCUGAAGGAAAAAUCCAUGAACUUGGAAUGAAAAUUGCAGUUCUGAAGACCCAGAACAAUGAGCUCAGGAAUCAGUUCGAUGGGCUGUACAAACACAUGGAUGGCCUAACAAACGAUGUUGAGAGGUCAAAUGAAAUGGUUUCCAUUCUGCAAGAGGAAUUAGAAGCUAAAGAUGUGGAGCUGGCAAGGUUAAAGGAGAUGCUUUCACAGAAAGAGGCAACUGAAGACGACGCUGUCGUCGAAGAAAGAGAGGAAGCUGCAAAUGAUAUGAAUGCUCCUUCUGACCCGCAGCCGAUAAAAGCGGAGUCCUAAGGGUGCCGACUAUUUUUUUUUCUGCGGCUGCGUUUAUGCCUCUGAUGUAAUGUGACGCUUUGAUGGCUGCAACAGUUUUCCACAUUGCUGAGAAUUUCAUCUGUAUGCUUGAUGGAACGCUGGUAUAUCACGGGUUCUAAGUUAUUGCCGUUUAUGCAAAUAGUGGGACCUCGACUUUCCAACUCCAGCUUGUAUUCCCAGCAAAGCUCCAAGAAAUAUAUGCGGUCUCAUAGUAUGAGCUUUGAGCA